CUGAGCGCAUCCCCUUUCUUUCCAUUCCCAGUCCAAGAAACAUCGCGCCAUCAAACUGGAGAGAGAAAGGGAAUGGCAAAGGGGAUCUCUGGGCCCGCACACAUCCCCCCAGGCCGCCAUGUACAGAAGCAGCUACCUGCGUGAAGUUCGCAAGGAGAAGUAUGAGAGGUCGGAUGCUUUCGAGGAGCUGCCCCAGUCACCUGAGUUUGGCAGCUUCGCCCAAGCUCAGGGCCUGGAGAACCUGCAAGAGCUCAACGAGCGAUUUGCCAACUACAUCAACCGGGCCCGGGUCCUCGAGCAGCGCAACACCAUCUUCCGCAAGCAGCUUGAGACCUUUCAGCGCAUGGAUGAGCUGGCCGAGCUGGAAGAGGCUUUCGCAGCUCAGAUCGACCUCAACCGCCAGCGGGUUCGCGAACUGGCCUCCGACAGAGCUAAGUUGGAGCGGGAGGAGAAAGAUGCUCAGCGCAUGCUGGAUGAGUUCCGUAACAAAUAUAGAAAUGAAUGUGAGUAUCAGCAGAUGUUGAAAACUACUCUUGAACGACUCAAUAAGGAAGCCGAUGAAGCUUUGCUGUGUAAUCUGGAACUACAGAUUGAAUCACAGUUCUUGCAGGAUGAUGUUAAUGCUGCAAAGGACAGAUACAAAAAGAACCUCAUGGAAAUACAGACCUAUGUCAGUAUUUUACAACAGAUCAUGCAAACGACUCCUCGCGUAUCCACCAUUGCAGCUGGAGCCAGCGAGGAGAAGCUGAUAACUGAGAGGAGGAUACCGAUUCUUCAAAGCCAGUUGGAAGAAUACAAGAGCAUCCUAUGCCAGCUCCAGGCUCAGAAAAUUAAACUGCAGACUGAGACAACAAUGCUGGAACAGGCUAUUAAAAACACCCAGGAAAGCUAUGACGAUGAGAUUCAGUUGUACAAUGAGCAGAUCGACACUCUGAGAAAGGGCAUCGAAGAUGCUGAGAGGACCUUGGAAAAAUACACCAACGACUGCCGCCAGCUCUCCAUUUAUAAGCAGUCUCUGGAGAGUGAACUGGAGCGCUACAAACGUAUUAUUGAAAAUGAAGAAAGCAGGUUGAAUUCUGCCAUUGUUGGAACCCCCGUGACACUAUUUUCACAAAGCUACAAAAUCACACAGACCCCAACUCUUGGAAGGAAAGACAUUACGUUGGUUGCUCAAGACAUCACCAGUGCAAAGACCAGACAAAGAAGUCUGCCGAAGAAGUUCUCAAGGAGGAAGGAGAUCACCACUAAAGACCUCGCCAAUGGUGCUCCAUCGGAAAAAAUGUAUGACCGGCCUUUGGAAGGCCUUGAUCACGAUCAGCUGGAUUUCAAGCACGAGGGAUUAAUGAUCACAAGCGAACACAGGCAGGAUGAAGUUGAAGAUGUGGAGCAAGAGAGGGCUGCAGAGGAUGUGCCUGAUGGAGCACAGAUAAGCAAAGCUUUUGAUAAACUGUGCAACAUUGUGAGAGAGAGGAUCAGAUGCUACCAGAGACCGGAACCCAAAAGUGACUUCUAUACUAAAGGGCGGUAUGUACUUGUCACCGGAGAGGGAAGUUAUGAUGACCCCUGCUUCUACUCUUCACCCAUCCCUUCUGGAGGUGGAAUCACUGUCUCUGACAGCGAAGGUACGAUGCCCAGUGGAGGUAUUGUAGAACCAAUAUCAGAGCUACCAGAACCUCUUGAGAGCGACAAAGGUGAACUCGAAGCCCAAGAAACACAAGAGGGGCCCAAGAUGCCGGAAGACCUGAAAUAUGAGUAUAAACCAGAAGAAGACAAAGCAAAGGAAGAUGUCUUUGAACAGUGGGGAAAGCCUGAAGGGAAACAUGAAGAGCCAGCAAAACAGCUGGGGAUCGAGGAACAUGGGCCAGUGACCCCAAUGGGUCCGAGUGACCGAACUGAAGCAGGCGUAUACAUAGGCAAGGAGUAUGGCAGGGCAGGUGGCCUCUCUUUCAAGGAGCUGAGCCCACCAAGCACCAUGAGUUAUGAGAAAGUGGAAGUGGUGGAAUCCAUCGAGAAAUUCUCGGAUGACAAAAUUCAGACGUACGAAGAAACUGCCAUGAUUGUAGAGACCAUGAUUGAGAAGACCAACAAGAAGAAGCUGGGAGACAAAAGCUCUUAAUGAGCAUCUCCAAAGCAGCCAGUUUGUCCAGCUGUCAGUCAUUAAUGUGGUGUGCUCCUCAAGGCUUCUUGCUGCUUAAAGUUAUCACUAAUAAGGUCAAUGAAACUAUUCCAGAGUGAGUGGGUUUGAGGACUGUAGCCUAAAGGCUAUAUUUUGCUUGAGUUCUUCCCAACCCCUUUCCGUCUUUGGAUGGAAUGAUAAAAAUAGUGGGUUUUGUUGCUUGGAAUGAAGCCGGCUUGUCCAUUAACAGCAAAAUAUUGAAUUACAUUGUUACACUUCUGAGAUCUUAAACCUGAUUCAUGAAUUGCCUGCUCUGGUGUGAUCUGCUUAGAACAGACCCAAUUAUUAGCCAUGAUGGUGAAACAUGUACACUGCCAGUUGCACAAUGACUUCUCAUGCUAACCCUCAAUAACAAGAAUGGCUCUAACCACAGGAGAAGACAGCCACACCACAGAAUGCAAGGUAUGAACCCCAAACAACUGGGUCUAUUUAACUACCACUGCCACCCAGGUCCUAAACAGUUGUUUUGAAUUUAGGUCUAGUACUUUUAAUUUCAAGCCAAGUUGCCCCCAAUCCAGUAUGGGAGAACCAAAUGUAUCAAGAUGGUUAUAAUCAAAAUGUAUAAUCAAGGUGCCCACCUAGACUCCAGUGAAGUGGAUGAAUGCAAGGGAUGCAGUGAGGCAAGCACAAUCUCUUCUAUGGAUGCCACCAGACUUCUGCAACUGAUCUGCACUGGGGCCAGUGUCUUCGAUGUCAUGGCAUCUGUGUGACUGUGUCAAAUGUCAUUAUUGGAAUCAAUUAACUUCCCUAGUGAAGUGUUUCUUGCGCCAUACUGAUAUCUGUCUUUCUAAUUAUAUGGUACUCCAACGAUGUA